CACAUUUAAGGCAUUAUUCUCGAGUUAAAUUUGAAUUGGAAACCUAGGACUUCGUGAGAGAGGCUUCAGAGGUUUAUCAGUCUGCCACUGGAACAUCAAAAGACUGACUGACACCAAAUUGGAAGAACUAUCUCUAAUGCUCACCUCGAACAAAAACAGUGCUGCUAAACUCGACGUCUUAAUUCUCACUGAGACGUUCGGAUCAAGUAAAAUUCCAGACAGCUAUUACAUGAUACCCGGCUACACAUUACACAGAAAAGAUCGAAUCGGGAAGAAAGGUGGCGGCAUAAUUGCGUAUGUAAAUGAGAAAGUUAUGGCUUCACAUCGAAGAGAUUUGGAACUGGAUGAUCUUGAAACUCUCUGGCUUCAAAUUUGUCCUCAUAAAUCAAAGAGACCGAUUUUGAUAUCUGGUGUUUACCGUCCACCUUCAGCCAACAAAGAUUAUAAUGAGAGCUUGGUAAAAAUAUUGAAAAUGCCCAUCUCCAAAACAAUGAAUUGAUUAUUCUGGGAGACUUCAAUUUAGAUUAUAUUGAUUUCAACUGUUAUUCAAAACAUUGUCUCGCAAAGGCACUGAACAGUCUUGGAUUAACACAGAUGUUAAAUAGAGUAACAAGACCUGCCUCUGAUGCGCGCUUAGCCAUAUUUAUUGUAGUCAUCCUGCUAGAAUUAGAGAAGUAUCCAUAGGUAAAUCUGGACUUUCCGAUCACCUUCCGGUCACCAUGUUGAGGUGCUACAAAACCAUGCCUGACUGCCUGUUGCCAAUGUAUGUAGUCGCGUGGCGUGUUUCUAAACUUCUUGUGCUUUGUUGAAGUGCAUUUUAAGCGUUUAAACGGGGACAAGUAGCAAGGCUUCACAUGCCGUCCUUGAUUUCGACUGAUUGCUACAACACGCGCAACACUUCCAAACUUCCAGCCCGAGUAUGGAUCGCCCUGGCGCGAAAAGAUAAGAUGAUGAUGAGCGUUUAAACUCUUCUAUUUUGGGCAAAAUGGAAAUCAACAAACAAUCAUCUGUCACUGACAUUACUCUUUUUUUGAAAAACAACAAAUUGGAUGAAAUUGUCGAAGAUUUUGAAGGCAUUGUCUCAUCCUGAAAUAACCACAUGAUAUUUAUCAGAUGAUUCCUCGAAUAAAACUUCACAAGAAGCUUACGUGUAUUUGUAAUGACGUUACUGGAAAGGGGUCAUCAGCUUCAACAACACACUCUUGUGUCACUUCCAACAACAUCAGAACCAUCAACAAGGAUGUGAAUCCAGACUUUCCGAGUAAUUCAGCUGAUCAUCAAGAAAAUCAUGAUGAGACAAAAAAGAAUCUGCCGGAGAAGACACAAGAAGGGGCACCAAAUAAUAUUUUUUUUGAUGUUGAUUGUAAAGAAAUGGCAAAUAUUGAAGAUAUUUUCGAAAAAAAAUUUCUUGAUAAAGAUUACAACAUUAAAGAUGAAGUGCACGAUCUACUCGAGAGGUUGCCAUGGAUAUGUGGUGAUUAUGAACCAAUUGGUGAAAACUGGGCUAUACCAUAUUCCCAUAUGCUCAUCACAGUCGAUGGCGAUGUACAAAAGUCAGACGAAGAUUUGAAGAAAGAAAUCGACGAAAUUUUUAAAUGGAGGCAUCAAAAUUUAUCGAAUUUCGACGUAAACUUUACAAAGAACCAAAGAUUCGAUAUUUAUCAAAUUUUCGUGCUGUAAGAAUAGAUGAAUCAUCAAAUUUCA